CGCUUUGUGCAUAUAUUAUUCACUUUUGUUUAUGCUUUGAAACUUUUAUACACUAUCGGAUUUUAAAAAAACUAAAUAAAAACAAACGCAAAUUUUAAAGAUUGACGCAAUAAGGAUUCGGAAUGGAUACUCACGAGAAGAUAUUUAAUACUGAUCAUGAAGUUAUUACUACAUUGGUUAUUGUUUAACCUUUCAGUUGCAAUAGGCAAUGUAGAAUGGACUCUAUCGGAACAGACAGUUGUAUUUGGAAAUGACAUUCAUUUGAUAUGUAAAUUGCCCAAUGACACAAGUUGUUGCUCUGAAUACAACAGAAAGUGGACUGCUGGUGUUGCGAACAAACUUAUAGUUAUGAAUGGUAUUUCACAAAAUAAAACAAAAUAUGAAGAAGAACUAAAUGAACGAGAUCGCAUUUCAAUACUGACCAUUAAAUCACUUUCUGAAAAAGACAUUGAUAUACCAUACGAAUGUGCGUAUGCCUUUUUAAAGUACACAGCGAGACUUCAACUAAGUGAAAUUGAAUACGAAUACCAUCCAACUGAAAUAUUACCCGUAAAGCCAAAGGUUGAGAUGUUCAAAAUAAAAGUCAAUGUCACACUCUCUAAGGUUUACCCAAUUCCUGUAUGCUUUGGACAUAUUGGUAUGACAAAUCUAACACCAUACGUUCAUGUCACAACUACAAAAAAUGGAUUAUUUUACCGGUCAGAAAUCACAAUGAAUUACACAAGCUCUACGGAAGACUGUAGAGGUUUACUCCUGAUUACUUGCAUAAUUGGAAAAAAUAACUUUGAAGUCGCCAAGAGCAACAAUCCCUGUACAUGUUGCGGAAAGCAAGAAGGAGUGGUGCAAAUUGUGUUGCCUGUAUCUUUGGUACUUUGUAUAUUCAUUUGUAUUGCUGUUUUGGUCACUUGUUUUGUGAGAAGAAGAAAAAGAAAAAUUUUGAAAACAAUUGCUGAAGAAGAGAGCUUGGAACAGUUUGAUGUAUAAAUAGAACCUUGAAAAAUAUAGUCAAAUAGAAUUUUUGUCAUUCACAAAAAUAGUGUUAUCGGUUUUUAUUUUACGACUGAUUCUGUUUUUGAGGAAAGCAUCUUGUCCUCUGUAUGUCUUUGGUCUUUUUUUGUUAGAAAAAAAAGAUAAUGCACGUUGAUUGCAACAUAUUGGGGAAGUCUAUUCAUGUGAGAGUAUUUAAGAAAAAUACAGGUGAUGUUUUUGACAAUGCAACAUUGACGCUUCUAUUGUAUGGCAUUAAAGAUGUGUUUGACUCUGGACUCUCAAAACAGUUUCGGAAACCGAAAAUUUUAAGUGAUUUCAAUUUGAUAAAAACUUCUCCCCAAAGUUAAAACUCUGAUUAUUUUCAUAAGCAUUUUAAAUUAUUUUGAUAAAUUUAACAAACCAUAAGUUGCAACUAGUUCUUUCCAAAAUUGACGAUCUAUUUAUACAAUUCUGAUCCGUUUGCUCCCAUUAAAAUGUUUACCGUUUUUUGUUGGAUUAAUUAUAAACACAAAAAGUAUUUUAGAACAUUGUUAAUUUGUGAAAAGUUAAUUCAAUAAAAACCAAAUCAUGAACUUUACAAAUCUUACAUUGAUAUCAGAGAUUUUUUGUUUAUCAUUGUAUAAUUAUAAUGGUUGAAUUAUAUAUAUCUUUAGAAAUAAGAUGCUUUACUAAUUGUAUCACUACUAGAAAAUAUUGAGCAAUUCUUAUUUUUUACCGUUUGACGGAGUAAUUAACUUGUAACAUAUCCAUAAUGACAGCACCACGUUCAACGAUACGUUAAUAAUAACUAUUCUUAGCUAAAUAAAUACCUAUAAAAAUAAGAAGAUGUGGUAUGAUUGCCACUGAGACAAAUCUCCACAAGAGACCAAAUGACACAGAAAUUAACAACUACAGGUCACCGUACGGCCUUCAACAAUGAACAAAACCAAUACCACAUAGUCAGCUAUAAAAGGCCCCGAAAUGAUAAAUGAAAAACAAUUCAAACAAGAAAACUAACGGCCUAAUUUAAGUUCAAAAUAAUGAACGAAAAACUAAUAUGAUACACAGAAACAAACGACAACCACUGAAUAACAGGCUCGUGACUUGGGACAGGUACAUACAGAAUGUGGCUGGGUUAAACAUGUUAGCGUGCGCCCAACCCUCCCCCUAACCUGGACCACUAGUGUAACAAUACAACAUAAGAACAAACUAUAAAAAUCAGUGAAAAAGGCUUAACUCAUCAGAUGGAUACAAAUAGAAAUACAUCUAACAAAACGCAGAGUGGACGUGGCAGGGUACUUAUACAUCCCCACAACAAGAAAGACAGUACUGUGGAUUCAUUUAUUUUCGUGGGUAUCAAUAUUCGUGGAUUGAGGAAAACUUGCAUUUUCGUGGAUAUUUGAUUUCUUGGUUUUCCCAAUCUCUGCAUUCAAAGCCUAUAGAAAAUUUGUAAUUCGUUUAACCUUUGAAGUCGUGGUUCACCUGUUUCCACGAAACCCACGAAAAUUGGUAUCCAACGAAUAAUAAUGAAUCCACAGGAAGUACAGAACUGAGAGUACUCGCAGUUACUGACAGCUAGUUCAAAGCCAAUAACAACUAAUAAAAAAAAUGAUGCAUCCAACACUAAAAUAUCAAUCAGUACACAUCUAACAUCCAAUGGAUUUAGUGUAAAGACGUCAUAAACAGAGAAAAACAUGACCUUUUGCAAUGCCAAGAUCCAGGUAUCGACAGAUUGUAGAGCCAUGAAUGUGCAUAUGUAUAUAAAAAUAUUUAAUUUAAUUUUAUAUUACUGGUAACAAAGUCAAUAUUAAUACCAAUCAAAACAAUAUUCAAAGAUCUAAUUACAGUGUUGAAUUGGUAAACUGUUUAAUAAGUUUAUUUAAAGGAUCGAUAAGUUUACCCUGAUCGUAAUUAAAUUCCUUGGCUCGGUAAACAACAUCUCCCUAAAACUUAGGAUGUGCUAUCCCGCUUGAAAUAAGUUUUUUACAGGUACAACCAAACUUCAAAACCAAAUCUGUAUAUCUGUGGAAGAAUUUGGUAAAGGUUUUAAGUAUUUUGUGGUAGCUUGCUUAUAAUUUAAAAUGUGAAUAGCAUCUCUUUGGGUCCAUUUGCAAAUGCUUUUGUGUUAUUUUUCGUUAAUAUUCAUCAGUCAUUCUUAUGAUAAAGUACAUCAUUGUACGUAUUAUUGUAAUACAUUUUCAAUAUGAGAAUAUUGGAUACAAAUGUCUAUUAGAUAAACCUUGUUUCGGUGACUUUAAAUUAUGUAUUAAAUUUGGGGAUUUUUAAUCAGUAUCGGCAUUUGGCUCUGAGCGUUCCGGAUAAAAGUGAAUCCAACAUUUAGCAUUGACCGCAAAAAGAGUCGCGUUCGGCAAUGAAAUUAGGAAGGAAACCUUUGAGGUACAUCAGUUAAACACUCUUUGGUUGAACAUUGACUUUUGCCUAAGUCCAGCCGAUUCGGACACGUGUAUGCGUAUUGUUUUAGUAUUGGAUAAAUGACAUAUUUUAGAGUUUGACAAACACAUCAACACUCAUAUACACUCUUGAUUAUAAACAAAUGUUAUAUAUGUAUGUAUGACACUCAAAUGUAUUUAAAUUACAUAUACUAUCAUCUGUUUUGUAAAUAUAUUUUUAUUUACUAUCAUUGUAUUUUUAUCUUAUAGUUUUGCAUUGUCAUAUCAAGGGAAUCCUUUACCACAUAAGUUUGCUUUUUGGUUGUGAUCAUCAAAACUAAUAUAUAUAUUAUUAUAAAAAAAAUAUAUAUGUAUAUGUAUGAAUACAGCUGGAUUGAUGGUUUUAUAGUUUUAUGUGUUUAUGUCUCAAUAAAGAAUAAGAUCGAU